CGCUGUCAAGACUACUUCGUUCGCUCUCCCUUACCCUCUACUUCAUUUUUUCUUCAUUUCAUUACUUCGUUUUCUCUUUAUUACAUUGUCAGCUUUCGUUUUAUAAGUUUCUUUUCUGCUUGACUCUUUAGGGCUAGGAAGGAAGCUACUGUUUUCCAUCUUUACUCCAGGCAAGAACUAGCCAUGAAGUCCUUCGACGAGUGCUUCGACGACUUUGUUGAGUCUUCCGGAAUCAAUAUGUGGCAGGACUUUUCCGAAGUCAUUUCUGGUGGUAUCGAGGAGUCCCCUCCACCGCUCGUCCAUGAGAACCGCAGCAGCGAAUCGUCAGAGAGCGAUACCUCUGCGGGUGGUAGCACUGCGGCUACUACUCCCGUUAUUGACCUCACCUCUCCUGAGGGAGAGAGACUUCCUUCCCCCUCUGAGGGAGCGUGGGAGCUCCUUCCCGGGCUGCUGGGGAACGAACUGCCAGGGGACAUCGACGAACAGAUCGCAACUAUUCUGCCACAGUGUAUGGAAGACGGGCCUUCCCAAGAUAUCGUUCCCCCCAUCAAUAUGGUUACUCCCAAAGACCGUCCCAGAAUUGCAGGCAGUGCUCCUCCCGCCUGCAUUUCCACAGGCACUUCUUCACGCCGUGACGACACUGUUGCCACCAAAGCUUCAGGCAGCCGGGGCCCCAGCCCUACCGAGAGUGCCCCUGAAGUGCUCUCUGGUAGGGUUAAGAAGCCGCGACGACAGCGUAAGAAGAAGCAGUGGCCCACCCCUUAUCCUUGGAUCGACCCAUCUAAGAUCACAGGACCUAUCCGCAUCCCAAGUGGUGAGGAACAGGAGAAGAUGAAGAAGAGUGCCCAAGCCACUCCGCAAGUGACUCAGCAAGCCGCUCCUCGAGUCAACAGCCCUUGGCAUGUUCAGCAGGUCCACUUCUCGCAGGCUAUCCAGCAGCCCGUUCUUCUACAGCCGCCCAUUCAGCCGCCUGUUCCUCCGCAGCCGGCAAUUUCAUUUGGGCAGCCUUCAAUGCCCCAGGCCCCUGCCUACUUUUCACGAAAUGCGGCACCCCCCUUCAUGUUUGACCCAGUUAAGCCGCAGUCUGCGCCCUGGGCAGAUUUCGCUGGUACACCUUUCCAGACCGCCGUCAACAACCAGAUGGCUUUUAACCGGGUUCCCAUGACCCAGAUGGGGGUGCCUGAAACAAAACAGCCCCCCGCGAAAAAGUUUACCUUUAUCGAAACCAUUGUGCCAGAGGACUUCGUGGCCAACCCCAAUAACCACGGCAGGUGGGCAAUCGACUCCGCCGGGAAGCGGCACUACCUCAACGCGCCAGGCGCCCAGAAAUAACUGUCACGAUGGACAGACUCGAUUACGAGACAUGCACCCUCACGGCAAACAAGAAUCGCAUUGUACAUAGGGUGUUCAUUCGACAGAAGUU